AUGAGAAUGCUCGCAUAUGGCAUCACAGCUCAUUUCUGCGAUGAUUACCUAGAUAUUGCGAAGACCACUGCCAUUGAGAUUUUUGAGCACUUCACAAAAGCAAUCUGGAAUGUUUACCAUGAGACUUACCUCUGCCGACCAACACCGGCUGACUUGCGAAGGCUGCUUGACAAAGCUGAAGAACGGGGAUUCCCGGGGAUGGUCGGUAGCCUUGAUUGUAUGCACUGGCAGUGGAAAAAUUGUCCCACCAGAUGGGCAGGGCAGUAUACUAGCUACAGAGGUAAACCGAUAAUCAUCUUAGAGGCGGUGGCCUCCUACGAUACUUGGAUUUGGCAUGCCUUCUUCGGACUUCCAGGUUCCCUGAAUGAUAUUAACGUCCUUGGAUGUUCACCGUUGUUCAAUGCCCAAUGCGUUGGUGAAACCCCUGAAGUGAGCUACCAGACACAACAUUUCACAAGGAUGCAGGAAGCAUACAGAAAAGACAUGGAUAGAGCAUUUGGUAUUCUCAAAGCUCGUUGGGCAAUCAUAAGAGGACCAGCUCAUGGGUGGAGUAAGGAGAACCUUCAAUACAUCAUGAUGACGUGCAUUAUCUUGCACAAUAUGAUUGUUGAAGAUGAGCGUGAUGAAGAUGCAACACAGCCAUUUGAUCCGGAUGAUAUCCCAACCAGACCAAGGAAAGCAGAGAUAUAUAAGAGACCAGAAAUGGACACCGAUGUUCAUCGCAAUCCGCAACAACUAAAUCAAUUCUUGCGUCUUUAUAGGGAGGUUAGAUGUCCAGUGAUGAAUAAAAACCUCCAAGACGAUCUAGUCGAUCACCUAUGGACCAUGAAGUUACAAGCUGAUCAGAACCAGCAGUGA